GCUUCCUGUGGUACGGAAAUAACAGCAAUGCAUAACAAGCUUCCGGGUAAAUCACUCACCGUCCAGUAAGAGCUCGUUUCUUCAUAUAUAACGGAUCCUUACGAAAGCUGAAAGCUGUUGAGGAUAGAGUAGAAUGAUUGCUUUAUGUUAUACAUUCGAUCAAUCUGUUUUGAAAAAUCUGAGAACAGGUUUGAAAGACUAUAAUUUGAGCUGUUUGUUUGUUUGUUACCAUGCAGUGCAUGUGUACUUCAAGUUUUAUUCUCGUAUUUAUCUUCGUGGCAAGUAGUGAAGCUGGAAAAGACAAAAUUAUUGAAGUGCCUCAAAAGAAUGCACAGUCUAAAUGGAUAUGGUCUUGGACCGGCCAGUGGGAUCCGAAAGAUUAUGGAAAACCAUUUUAUCAACAAUGUGAAAACUCAGAUAGUCAAACAAACAAGUGGAUAAGAAGCGAUGAGUUCCUGGUUGGUGAUGCAAGAAGAAUUGAUGUUACUGUCGCAUAUGCGGUCUCUAAGUGUUCUAGUGUGUCUUUAGUAUAUUGCAAGGAUACAUUAAACCUUUAUGUUUAUAAGACUGCAAUUAAGCAUACAUUUGGCGGUAUUAAUAUAAUCCCGGAACCUUGGAAAAAACCCGAAAUCUAUCAUGUCUUCGGAACCACGUCUGCAACCAACUUUAGUAACGGAGUCCCUUCUCGUAGUUUUGCCAAUACAGAAACACAUUCAUUUCUUGCAAGCACUUCCACACCGUACCAUUACUUCGCCAUACAAUAUCAAGGAGGAUGUUUUGAGUUGUACAGUGUUACCAUAAGUUACUCGGUAUGUCCAUCACAAGCUCUUCAUACUACUCUAAUACAAUUGCCACGAACUCUAGCCCCAGCUAACGGUACAAUUCAAGUAUCAGGCUCAUGUGCAGAAAAUGCUCACUCAUUGGCUAACAAUGCAACAUUAUAUGGUCACUGUCAAGCUAACGGUGAAUGGAGCAGUGAUGCAAGUGGCGAAUGUUUGUGUAAAGCUGGUUAUGGAAAAUACCUGAAUGGAUCUGGUGCAGUUUGCAAAGAAUGUCCACUUAGGACUUACCAAGAUUUACCAAGUGCUAGUGCAUGUAAAGCUUGUCCWGCGAAUAGUGUACAAGAUGUGGUUAGAAAGAAAUGUAUUUGUGCUCCUUCCUUCUAUAGAACAAAGGAUGAGACAAUAUUCGAAAAUUGCACAGCACAACCCUCAGUACCUCAAGAUAUCAGGACAACAUUUCUUAAUGCCACCUCGACUGUUWUAAAAUGGAAGACCCCUUCAAAUCUUGGUGGACGGACAGACGUUUACUACGACGUGGAGUGUCAAAAGUGUGACGAUAAAGGAAACAGCUGUAGUGAAAGAUGUGGUGAGGUUGAAAUCAUUCACACUCCAAAAAACAGCAGAAARGCCACAGUAAAACAUCUUUCUAUAUACACGUACUACCAAUUCAAGGUAUUCGCAAAGAAUGGAGUCACAUAUUUAGCAGAAAGCAAUGGAAAAAAGCCAAAGUAUGCAAUAUUCAAACAGAGAACAAGCGAAUCGAUUCCAGGAGUACCAGUGUUGAAUACGGAAGGGUUAGGCUCCACUUCGGUGCUACUUAGCUGGACCUUGACAGAACAAAAUGGUAUCAUAACUUAUUAUCAAAUCAGCUACUAUCCUGUCGGUGACAAGUCUACCCGGAAAGCUUUGAAUACAUCAAAAAGCAGUGUGACAAUCACUGGACUAGAAGAAGGCACAGAGUACUACUUCCAGGUUCGUGCUUCUACGCUUGUAGGUUUAGGACCUKUAGGAAGUACAAAGAUGAUGAUCCCAGGUAAAAGAGAMAACAAGAUAGGCAAUGACAACACAACUGAUGUCACAGUUCCUGUUCUUGCUUCGAUGCUCGCACUUGCUUUGUUGACAGUAGCUCUUCUUAUUAUUGUCUACAUCUUGCGAAAGAAGGGUCUCCUUCAGAGACAGAGCGCUCCUAAAAAGAACGAAAGACAUGCUCAUAUUGGCAGAGAAUAUGAUCAAGCGGUUAUUGUUUUGGAUGGCAUUUCCGGAGAAACAACUGAUGAUCUUUACGCUUUCGUCGUUGAUGAAACCUUAUGGGAAAUACCMAGGGAAAACCUGUCAGUUAUUAAAAGACUUGGUAGUGGAAACUUCGGUUGUGUUGAUAAAGCGACGGCCAGAGGUUUGCACGUCUGCCCUGGACAAGUAACGGUUGCUGUGAAGACUUUAAAAGAAAAUGCGGMAGAUAAAGACAAAGAAGACUUCCUGACAGAGCUUCGAUUGAUGAUGAGACUGGAACCCCACCCUCAUGUUGUUAAACUAUUAGGGUGCUGCAUGAAGUCCGAUGGUCCAAUGUGCAUUAUCCUAGAAUAUUUGCCCUAUGGCGAUCUCCUUGGCUAUUUAAGGCGAUCACGUGGUCACGAAGAUACCUACUGCUCAGGAGAUCUUCGUCCAGAAACAAAGUUGACAUCACGUGAUUUAUUGAAGUUCGCCUGGAUGAUAGCUGAUGGAAUGGGUUUCUUAGCGAAAAAUAAGUGUGUUCAUCGUGAUCUUGCUGCUCGCAAUGUCCUUGUUGGUGAAAAUAAAAUCUGCAAGAUAUCAGAUCUUGGACUUGCAAGGAGAAUCAGAGAGRACGUCUACACCAGAACAAAAGCGGCUCGAUUACCAGUGAAGUGGAUGCCACCAGAGUCGCUYUUCCAUGGAGAGUCGUCUAUUGCUAGCGAUGUGUGGUCUUAUGGAGUUGUUUUAUGGGAAAUAUUUACUCUUGGUGAUUCUCCUUAUCCUAAAUACAACGGGAAAGACAUACCAAGACUACUGCAACAAGGCUACAGAAUGCCAAAGCCAUUUCACCUAUCAGAAACUCUAUACUUACUAAUGUUGAGAUGCUGGCAAGACAAACCCGAGGACAGACCAUCCUUUACCAUGAUAUGCGAUGAGGUCAACCAAUACUAUAACACAACCAAGGAUUAUAUCAACCUUGACGUGUUUGAAGAUGCUUCGUACGUCAACUUCGAUGUCCUUUAAAAAUAAAUGGACGGUUUAUGGAGCAUCAUCACAUUGUACCCUCAAGGAAAAUUUGUAAAAUAAUUUUCAAAACAGCUAAACUGACCUAGACUGCUUUUUCAAUGAGAACUACAGUUGACUCUCUUUGAACGACCACUCUCGUAAGCGACCAUAUCCCGUGAGCGACCACCUUUUAAAUUUCCCGUUAUAAUUGUUUCCCAUAUUUAAAGUCUGUAAAAAAAAUCUCCCGUGAACGACCAUCUCUUUUAAGCGACAACUUUUUCCUGAUCCCGAGGUGGUCGCUUACAAGAAAUUAAACUUAAGUAAAUGUGCAUACAGUAUAUAGAAGGAUCGAGUAGCAAACUCGAGUUCACAUGUGACAUACAAAAUUUUUGUACGGGAUUCCGUCAGCUUCAAAUCACACAUAUCAAAGAAAUCAUAUAUAAUUCAAAAUAUGUGUUGUUAUUAUACGUAUUUGAUAAUACACAAAGGAAAUCUUACCUCUUCAUUUGGUCUCAUGCAUCUCUUCAGUUAUUUCUCAUUUUAUCCAAUCAUAACUCUGCUCUCUUUGUAUAUCUCGCCUUAACCACAUAACCAUACAAGUCAUGGGCUGCCUGUGUUACGGAAAUAACAGCAAUGCAUAAAAUUGCUGUUCUUGCUUUAUGGUUAUACUUUCGAUCCAUUUAUUUUGAAAAUCUGAGAACAGCUUUGAAAGACUAUUAUUUGAGGUAGGUCAAUAUUAUAUGUCUCGUUAAUAAAAAGGAAAUUGUCAACUUAAA